AUGCUCCACUUACUAUAUAAAUCAAGUUACGUAUUCAUGCUUUUCUAUUAUGCUAUCAUACCGUUGGGUUAUUUAACGAAGUGGUGGGUCACAAUUGAGAAAAUGAAGGGUAACAGCACAAUUUUGGUGACAGGAGGUGCUGGCUAUGUAGGAUCUCACACUGUAGUGGAGCUUCUAAACAAUAACUAUACUGUGAUAGCCGUAGAUAACUUAGUUAAUUGCUAUUCCAGUGGAAAUGAGAAACCGGAGGCACUGAAGAGGGUGGAAAAAAUUACAGGGGAAACUGUUACAUUUUAUGAUAUUGAUAUCAGAGACAAGGAAGCUUUGGAUAAAGUUUUCAAGACUCACAAAAUUGAUGCAGUCAUUCACUUUGCUGCUCUCAAAUCUGUUGGAGAGUCUGUUCAAAUCCCCCUUACAUAUUACCAAAAUAACAUUGGGGGGUCUAGUACACUUUUUGAGGUUAUGGCAAAUAAUGGAGUGAAGAAAUUAGUGUUUUCUUCUUCUGCAACAGUUUAUGGAGAUCCUCAAUUCUUGCCAAUUACUGAGUUGCACCCUACAGGCCAGGGUUGCACAAAUCCUUAUGGAAAAACCAAAUACUUUGUUGAGGAAAUUUUAAAAGAUUUGUGUACCUCAGAUCAAGAAUGGAAAGUAGUUUUACUCAGAUACUUCAACCCAGUUGGGGCCCAUGAGUCAGGUCUCAUUGGAGAAGACCCUUCUGGAAUACCUAACAAUCUCAUGCCAUACAUUGCUCAGGUCGCCGUUGGACGUCGUGAAAAACUCCAAGUUUUCGGCGCGGACUAUCCCACAGUCGACGGCACAGGAGUCCGGGACUACAUCCACAUCACCGAUCUGGCCAUAGGCCAUCUCAAGGCACUCGAGCGCAUGUUCUCGCCUUGCUUCAAGUCUUGGAAAGCUUACAACCUCGGCACCGGUAGAGGAUACUCUGUCCUCGAGAUGGUCAAGGCUUUUGCGAAAGCGUCCGGGAAACCAAUCAACCAUGAAAUAGUUGGUAGAAGAGGCGGAGACAUUGCUGAGUGUUACGCUGACGCAACUUUGGCCAAAAUUGAUCUGGACUGGGUAGCAACUAGGGACAUUGAAGCAAUGUGCAGGGAUACUUGGAACUGGCAGAAAAAGAACCCUAAAGGCUUCCACAGCUCUUGA